AUGGAACGUCUGAAGGUCAAGCGAGGAGCGCGACGUGGACAGUCAACGAGGAUUAUCAAUGAGGCGACGGCUGCCCUCGCAGACACGGGAACUACGGCACAUACGUACAAGUCACUGUUGGAGAGACUUCUUACGACCAGCAGAGAAAUCGGUCAACUCGACUCGGAGCUGGAAGCGUUGGUGGCAACGGAGAGCCUCGCUGAAGAGUACGCUAUGGUCCUGGAAUACGAGGAUCGCAUCGCUCACACGACAGCGCUGUUGAAGGCGAAGAUUGCGGAGUUAACGGAAGGUGACCGCAGACCUCCUGCGGCCUCUGCAGUAACCGAAGAGGGAACGAGAGGUAGGUCAAAGAGGAUAAAGCUACCCAAGCUACAGCUACAGACCUUCCGUGGAGAUUUGGAUCGAUGGCUCCCUUUCUGGGAACAAUUCUGCGAAGCGGUGCACGAAAAUGACGAUCUCACAAAAAGUGAGAAAUUUCAAUACCUGCGGACGCUCUUGUCUGGACCACCCGCUGCCGCUAUAGCUGGUCUGCAAGCUUCGGAGGCGUGCUACGAGGACGCUGUCAAGAUACUAACCCAUCGAUUUGGGGACCGGAAAAGGAUCACCCAGGACCACCUUGCGAAGCUCCGGACUCUCCCAGCGGUGACGUCACCAAGUGAUGUCAGAGGACUUCGACGGCUGUACGAUCACACGCAGGCUCAUAUCCGUGGUCUGCGAGCUCUGGGAGUUGCCAACUCAGCGUACGCUGCUUUGCUGGUGGACAUCCUUCUCAAGGCGCUACCCAGCGACAUCACACUGGAGUACUAUCGCCGAUCAGCACGUGCAACCACAGCAGUCGCUGUUCAACAGGACAGUGCAUCGGGAGACGGUCAACGAGAAGUACAGCACGAGACCUCGUACACCGAAAAAGAGUUAGAGAGAGUGCUGGACUUCCUGCGUAUCGAAGUGGAAAGCCGUGAGAAGUCCGGUAUGGUCAGCACGAACAGAGACGGGCCACCCAGAGGUGGAACCCUGGGAAAGAGUCUGCGGAAAGAGAAGAACGUCCCAGCCGCGGCCGUACUGCAGUCAUUAGCGAAAGCCACGUCAAAGUGCAUCUUCUGCGACUCGGAAGACCACAGCAGUGGAGAUUGCAACACACCCAUUGAACUGGAACGAAAGAAGAAGGUACUCGCGACGGACGGCCGCUGCUUCAGGUGUACCGUCAAGGGGCACCGAGCUAAGGACUGUAGGCGAAAAGUCACAUGCUUAACAUGCAAGGGGAAACACGUGACCUCCAUGUGCGACCCUAAAUGGUCGGGAAGCUCGUCAACGAAAGCGAAAGAAGUUGACACAGUUGCCAUGCACGCAGCAAGCUCCGAUCGAGACAGGGUCAGUGCCACUGUACUUUUGCAGACGUUCCGCUCAUGGGUCAUCGCUGGCAAUCAGUCCGCAUAUAUCCGAGGUAUUUUCGACGGCGGCAGUCAGAAAACGUUCGUUCGAGAAGAUGUGUCACGGCAGCUGGGGCUACCGGUACUGGAUGAAGUAACCGUGCGACUGAACACAUUUGGGGACCCAGAAACGUCAGUAAGUUCACACACAAGACUGGUCCAGGUGCGUUUGCGGAGCCAGUACGAUCAGAAAGAGCAUCUGAUUGAAGCCGUAGAAAUUCCUUUCAUCUGUAAGGACCUGGCAGAAGCCACGGCAAAUGACAGCUUCGUGGACGCCAUCAGAAGGGAGGGCGGUUCCAUUGCCGACGAAAUGUUCUUCCCAGGAGCGAAAGCCGAAGCAGGAAUCUGUCUUCUGAUUGGAGCGGAUCAGAUGUGGAGGUUCCUAAAGUCCGAUGUGCGACGGUCAGGGACGGACGACCGUACAGUUGCGGUGAACACGCAGUUAGGCUGGACGUUCCAAGGUCCCACCGCUGUCCUGUCGUCAGUCACCGGAGACGUCACGCUAACCUGCGCGUUACACGUGGAGGCAAGCAACGAGGAAAGGCCGUUUGAUCUCCGAAUGUUCUGGGAGCUGGAAGGUCUUGGGAUAACAGACGGCGCAAAUGACCAGCGCUCCGAGGACGACGCAGUGUGGCUACAUUUCCAGGACACCAUACAAAAGGAGGACGGCCGAUAUAAGGUGAGUUUGCCGUGGAAGACUGGCAGUGCCACGCUGAGGGACAACCGGGAAGUGGCUGAGCGUAGGCUGAGAAGCCUGAUGAAGAGACUUCGUUCGAACAAAACUCUUCUGCUGGAGUACGAUUGUGCGAUGAGGAAGUACCUCAACGACGGACAUGCAGAGGUAGUUACCGAAGCGGAGCAAGUACCAACAGAGCAUAUUUACUAUAUGCCACACCAGGCGGUUGUCCGGGAGAAUUCAACGACAACGAAGCUCAGAGUUGUCUUUGAUGCUUCUUCGCAUGCCCCGGGGACCGCAUCUCUGAACGCGCAUCUCGAAAAGGGACCGAAGCUAAACACGGAACUACUGCCGCUGCUGUUGCGCUUUCGGACGGUCAAGGUCGCUCUGGUGGCGGACAUUGCCAAAGCGUUUCUCCAGAUUGUAGUCAGGGAAGAGGAUCGUGACGCACUUCGUUUCCUGUGGUGUAACGAAACGCCGAAGGAAGAUGGUCAGCUGCCCAACGUGGAAGUCUGGAGAAUGACCAGAGUACCGUUCGGUACAACCUCCAGUCCUUUCCUUUUGUCGGCGACAAUACGGUACCAUCUAGAGAAUGUGGAAGAGCACCUACAGGAAACGGCAGCGCAUCUUGCAAAUUCCUUUUAUGUGGACGAUCUAUUGACUGGCGCUUCAAGCGAGGAUGAAGCUGAACAACUGUACAAGGACGCGAAUACCGUCAUGAGGGCGGCUGGGAUGGAGUUAAGAAAGUGGGCAUCGAAUUCCCCUGUUCUCAAUCGCCUCUUCGCAGAUCACGAGCCACGCUUAGAAGAGCACUACGCUGCGACCAUAGAAACAGGACUUUUGGGAUUACGGUGGAAUCGACACACUGACAGCAUCAAGCUCGCGGAAUGCAGCCCACCCAACACCACGUCGGCGGGCAACACGAAACGGUCGGUGCUGCAGCUCUCAGCCUCGAUUUUCGACCCACUUGGUGUUGCCAGUCCAUUCACGAUACGGGCUCGCAUGCUCUUCCAGCGCAUCUGGCAGCAUGGUCUUAAUUGGGACGACGAACUACCUGAAGAAAUAGCUUUGGAGUGGAAGCGCUGGUGCGAGGAACUGCCGGACAUGGCAAGAAUCGAAAUAUCUCGGUAUGUGAGCCAAGGGGUUGAAGACAUUGCGAACGCAAUCCAGGUGCACGUCUUCACGGACGCCAGUCAGUCGGCUUACGGAGCCACCGUAUACCUGCGCACAGAGGACGUCAAUGGAAAGGUCGUGGUCACGCUGAUGGUUGCUAAAGCACGAGUUGCGCCGCUAAAAACACUGACCCUACCCCGCCUAGAACUCAUGGGAGCUCUAAUAGGAUGUAGGCUGGCCAAAAGCCUUUUGGGUUCGCUCUCUCACCUUCCCCUCCAGCUAAUCUUCUGGACAGACUCGAACAUCGUACUCUGUUGGAUUAAAGGAUCGGCACUGCGGUGGAAGCAGUUUGUACGCAACAGGGUGACAGAAAUUCAAACUGCAACCGAUCCAGCUGCUUGGAGGCACUGUCCAGGGGAGCAAAAUCCAGCGGACCUGCUCACAAGAGGUGAAAGCAUGGAGAAACUGCUACACAGCAAGAUAUGGUUUAGAGGCCCUGCAUGGUUGUCGGAGUCGGCGGAGUUAUGGCCCAGCGGCACGCACGAACCACAGGUGAACGAAGAGACUGUAGAAGCAGAACGGGUAAAGAUACAAGUGCUCUUCGUGGACACAGACACUACUACUUCCAGCCUACUGAGGCUAGAGAACUACAGUAGUUGGUAUUUCGUGUUGAGGCUCACAGCAUGGAUUCGCCGCUUUGCAGACCGUUGCUGGCGAAAGAAGAGGCGGCAAGGGCCCCUAACUGCUAAUGAGAUUCAUGAGGCGGAGGUCCAUUGGGUUAAAGAGGCACAAAGGUCCGAGUACUACAAGGAGCUGCAGGAGCUCGCAGGUGGGGGCAUGGUGAGCCAGAAGUCUCCGAUCGCCCUCUUGCAGCCAGUUCUGGACCAGGAUGAUAUUUUAAGGAUCUCGGGACGGUUGCAGCACUCGACAUUGCCAACGGACGUAAGACAUCCGGUACUCCUCCCGCACGGACACAGAGUCACCGAACUGAUCGUUGAGGCGGCUCAUCGACGGCUUCUCCACGGGGGUGUGCAAGACACCAUAACCGAAGUGCGAGAGCGAUAUUGGGUACAGCGAUGCCGGCAACUAGUCAAAAAAGUUCUCUUUCGAUGCAACGCAUGCAAACGACACCGGGUAAAGCCAGCGUCGGCACCUGUUGCACCACUGCCCAGCGAGCGGGUGACUGAGAACCGGCCAUUUCAAGUGGUUGGGAUAGAUUUCGCGGGACCGUUGAUCAUCACACCAGCAGGUGGAGGCAACAAGAAGUCUUACAUAGCGCUAUUUACAUGCGCAGUCACCCGUGCAGUGCACUUGGAACUAGUAUCGGAUAUGACGACUCAAAGUUUUCUCCUGGCGUUCAAACGGUUCACUUCCCGGCGAGGGCUUCCAUCGGUUAUCUACAGCGACAACGCCGCAACCUUCAAGAAGGCCGAGAAGCAAGUGUGGAAAGCACUGAAAGACCCAGCCUUCCAGGACCACCUCACCACCGUAGGAAUUAAUUGGAAAUAUAUCGUCGAACGCGCGCCCUGGUGGGGCGGUUUCUGGGAGCGACUGGUGAGAAGUGUCAAGACUGCGCUAAGACGGACGCUCGGGAAGAACUGCUUCAGCUUCGAGGAGCUCACCACUGUUUUACAUGGCGUAGAGGCAGUCAUCAACUCUCGCCCUCUGACGGCUGUGAACGAUACACCAGAAGACAGAGAGCCACUGACACCGGCCCACUUCCUGGUAGGGAAGCGGGUGACUUCUUUGCCACCUUUCGACAUCAACCUUCAGGGGCCGACCACCGACACGCGGGCGUACUGGAAGCUUCAUCAACAACUACUAGAUUGUUUUUGGAAACGUUGGAGAACUGAAUAUCUUCUGCAGCUGCGGUCCGCCCAUAGUGUCAAAUCCACCGGUGGAACGACACCGCUUCGCGUCGGGGACCUGGUCAUAGUGCACAAUGAAAAGUUGCCCCGGCACAUGUGGAAGACAGGACUGGUUGUGGAGCUGUUUCCCGGAAGAGAUCGUAACGUCCGUGCGUGCGCUGUAAGAUUGACUGAUGGGACAGUGCUACGGAGACCAAUUCAGUUGCUGUAUCCAUUAGAGGUUUAUUGA